AUGCGGUAUGCUCGGCCGGACUGUAGUGACGAUGUCUCUAGAGAGAUCGAUGACAUCUUUGCUCUCGGGACACUGCUUUAUGAGAUUAGUGUUGGACAUGCGCUGUAUGCUGAACAGCCUAGCAGGGAGAUUCGGAAGCUGUUGCGUAUGCACAGAUUUCCAGAUCUUGACGGUAUUCCUCCGAAUGUCCGGAUAACCAUCGAAAAGUGUUGGUCAAAUGGCUAA